UAUGGAGACACUACAUUUUGGUCGGGAUUAUUGGAUCGGUUUGUCCCGUGACAACGAUACUGAUGAAUGGAAAUGGAGCGACGGAAGUAUUUACUAUCCCGAGUACUGGGGUAGCUUUCAGGCACCCAACGACAUGAAGUUCCCGCAAUGCAUUGCGCUGGCUGCUAGAACGAGAAAAUGGAAAAUUGAUGGCUGUCAGCGAAACAAAUAUUUCAUCUGCAAGUUGACCCUGGGUUUGUCCACACUUUGAUGAUUAUGGCUGCAUGCAAUUCAUUAGCAACUCAGGAAUGUGUAUCGGGGAAAUAGUGUUUGUGCCCCCUCAAAGAUUCUAAUGUUUAUAAUUGAAAAGCAUGUAGAAGUGUUAUUAGGGCUUCAAGGUAUUCAUUUGUUUAGGCCAGAAAGUAAGGUGUGCAUGAUGUCCUCUAAAUGUGCACUCUCCUUUCACAUGGAUUGUGUCCCUGCAGACGUGUGCCUUUGUCCUCCUCCAUGUCGUCCUACUACUACUACUGCUCCUGCUUUGCAAACAUCCACCCAACCUUUGUCCACCACUACCUCCCCUCCUCCUACCUGUCCUCCUUGUGCUUCCUCUACUCGUGGUUACAUUACUCUCUCAACCAAACUGAAUACCACCGCCGUGCCGCAAAACAUUUGGGCACCGGAGAUUUGCAAAAUGUCAAUCGAUCAGUCCACAUCGUGUGCCUCAGAUGACCCCACGUGCUCGUGCCUGCUUGGCGUGUUGGCCAACCCGAAUGGUUCAAUCCAAGCUGCAUUCAACGACGGUCUCGGUGUGAAUCGCAGUGUUGUCAUCAGAGGACAGGCCAAUUCCAAUGCAGAGAGGCUCAUCGUCAAGCUGCUUCUGGGCAAAGACGACAACGUGACUGCGCUUCAACUGAAUUUCCACUUUGGAAACAAAAGCAUUGUGCUCAACUCCCAAGCGGACAAAAACACUGCCCAACAAACCGUGAACGCUUCUCAACCCCACCAGUUUGGACCCGGACUCGACUUCAAGAUUGUCAUUCGAUGUGGCAAGAACACUUUCAACAUGACCUUGGAUGACAACGUCCAGCUGGGCUUGGAACAUCAACUUAUGAACCUGCAACGCAUCAAGUGGCUGGAAGUUUGGCACGUGCUGCUGAGUUCCGUCCAGCUGAUGUGACAAAAGUCCAGAUUUCUUUCAGCACUCACUACUGCCACCUUCUGGUAUCAACCAGCGAUGGGGGUAAUGCGUUACUGUAAUGUAUUUAUGAAUUACUCAAUGAAUUUUUGCAAUGUUAGUCGUCGGAUCUCUUAACGUUACAUUUUUAGGACCACACCACAACUUUGAUCACAAGUUUUAUAACCAAAUGAAAAACAUAAAAAAAAAACAUUGAGCCAUUUGAAAAACAUAAAACAUUGAGCCACUUAAGGCUGAUUUACAAGAGUGACAUUUGUGUCACUUGUAAGUUUGUGUUGAAUAUUUGUGAUAUUGCUUGUUAUAUCCACAAUAAAAUUAAAUAAGGCAAGUCUAUUUUUGACCUGA